AUGAUUGCGUCCUUCCUGGGCUAUCCGACAACUUGCAACGUUGGAUCUGAAGUCCGAGCAUGCACCCUGUCCAUAACAUGCUGGCUCCAAGGUGGAACCAGGGUCAGGGGUUGCGGGAGUAGCUGGCUGUUCGCUUGCUGCAGAGAUGCAGAUCAUUUGAUCAAUGAAUAUGAUUUUGAUAACACCAUCCCCUCUUCAGAUUGGAGGUACACUCAUAAAAUUAUGCCCCCUAAGUUAAGGCAGGUUCCACAGAGAAGCGUGGUUCCCACAAAUGUCUUUAGACGAAGAGUUGAUGAUGACAAUACCCAGGUAGAUUGCGGUCUCCCUUCUACAAGAAUUUUGCAGAAAAGAAUAAUAGGUGGGAGGGAAGCGAGAUUCGCAGAGUUUCCAUGGCAAGCUCAUGUCAGGAUAUCCGAAUUUCAGUGUGGUGGAGUGUUGGUAUCUCGAUGGUUUGUGGCGACUGCUGCGCAUUGCGUGUCGCGUGCGCGGCCUCGGGAUAUAGCAGUUUGGCUGGGAGCCCUAGAUACUACCGCUGGAACUCAUACUGCUAGAAAACUUGGAGUCGUCCAGAAAAUCCUGCAUCCAAUGUUCCAAUUUCGUAUGACGCAACCGGAUAGAUAUGACAUAGCUCUUCUUAAGUUAUCUCGACCUAUUAUAUAUACAAGCCAUAUACUUCCAAUUUGUCUGCCUGAUGUAGAGUUGGACCUACGUGGAAAAUCUGGGGUGAUUGCGGGAUGGGGAAAGACUGAUACAAGUAAUGGUCAUACUGGAACUAAUCUACUGAGAUCUGCGACUGUACCCAUUUUGAGUACGGACCAGUGUAUAAACUGGCACCAAAGCAAACAGAUAUUGGUUGAGAUUCACUCUGAAAUGAUAUGUGCAGGACAUUCGGAUGGACAUCAAGAUGCUUGUUUAGGUGACUCUGGGGGUCCACUUAUAGUGCUAGAUAGUGGAAGAUAUUACCUAGUAGGCAUCACAUCUGCUGGUUUUGGCUGCGGUGUAGAUCAUCAACCUGGAAUAUACCAUAAUGUGAAAACAACAGUCAACUGGAUUAAAGAAAUUAUUAAUCCAACUACAAAUUACAUAGAUUUU